GUCUAGUACUUGAAUUAGAACGUUGAUAGGUAUGUUCUGCUAACUUAUGGAACACUACCAGUGCGGGGCCCGCUAAACACAAUCUCGUUCCCGCAUGGGUCGAAAGAUUCCACAGUCCUGACCGGUCAUCAGAAGGUUGUUCCCGACGAGUUCGACUCACGGCCUCGAACUGUCCAUAUCAAUACUCAGUUGAUGUUCCUUCAGGAUGUGUACUGCCCGGGAUUGCUCGACGCUCAUGGAACUUAAUCUUCGCUGCAGUAUAUAACCUGGAUGAGCGAAGCUAUGUCUUCAACUUCCGGGUCGAACUUGUACUAUUAAAUCUUUUCCUGCCACUAUGUCUUCCCCUGUUGUUGAGCCUCACGAUAACCUUCAAACGAAUCCCGAACUGCCGCCUUCGCAAACCCGUAUACUCGUCAUCGGAGGAGGUCCAUCAGGAUCCUACGCAGCCACACUGCUGGCCAGAGAGGGAUUCGACGUGACCCUGCUCGAGCGCGACCAGUUUCCGCGCUAUCAUAUCGGAGAAAGUCUUCUACAGUCUAUCCCCCGAUAUCUUUCGUUCAUUGACGCACAAGAAGUGAUCAAGGCGAAGGGGUUCAAAAUCAAGCCUGGCGCCGCCGUUAAACUAAACCAGUACAAGCGUGAAUCAUACACGGAUUUUACGCCAUCAAACCCUGCAAACGUGACCUGGAACGUCGUUCGCUCCGAAUUUGAUGACGCCCUUUUAAGACACGCUGCUGCCUGUGGGGUACAUGUCUUUGAGAACACGAAGGUUAACUCCCUACAGUUCGACGACCCCAGUAACCCUGAGAGGCCUACAUCAGCACAAUGGAAGAUCAAAGAUGGUGCGGAGGGCAGUACGAAGUUCGAAUGGCUAGUUGAUGCUUCAGGACGCGCGGGCGUUAUGUCGACGCAGUAUCUCCGGAACCGUAUCUUCAAUUUGAAUCUAAAGAACGUCGCCUGUUGGGGCUAUUGGAAGGGUGGGGCUUCAUAUGCAGCGGGCACUCCACACGAGGACGCUCCCUGGUUUGAAGCUUUGACAGACGAAUCAGGCUGGGUAUGGCAUAUCCCUCUUCAUGACGGGACCGUCUCCGUGGGUUUCGUCAUGAGCGAGACAUCCAGCAUCGCCAAGAAGAGUGCAAUGCGUGAGCGGACGGGUUCUGUAACGCUCGUUGAUCACUACCUCGACCAAAUGCAGCUUGCGCCUGGUCUGCAGAAGCUUCUGGAAAAGGCGGAGCUCGUCUCAUCUAUCAAGGCAGCGGGUGACUAUAGCUACUCAGCUCACCAAUAUGCGGGCUCAGGCUAUCGUCUGGUUGGCGACGCUGGAGCAUUCAUUGACCCCUUCUUCUCGUCUGGUGUCCAUCUUGCUUUCACAAGUGAGGAAGAGGCGGUCUCAUUUCACAAUCUCAAAUUUGGAACCGCUUACACUAGAUUUUUGAUUAUUGUACUUGGCGUAUAUGGGCGAAUUAGAGCACAGGAGGCUCCUGCGUUGGAAAUGAUCGAUGAAGAAGGCUUUCAUCGUGCCUUCCAGUGGCUUCGACCUAUGUUGCGUGGUGAUGCGGAUGUGGGCCUAGAGAAAGUGACCGAGAUCGCCAUUCAAAAGGCCAUGUUGCUCUCCUCUGCCGUCUUUGCCCCGACAUCGCCAACAAUGCACGCGGAAGUGGCUCAGCGCCUCGAUCCAGACCUCACAAAUAUGGAGGCACCGGUUCUCCUUCCUGAAGAUAUCGAGCGAAUGGUCGGCACCGAAGAUGAAGAUGCGUUCCACGUCGUUAGCAAGAUCAAUGCGAGAAAGGCAGUGCAUUCUGAGCUAGACGCGAACAGUGAUCGUUUUGCCCAGGAGGCGUUUGAAGGGUUUUCACCUAGCCUCGGGCGCGGAGAGCUUGGCCUUCGUCGUCAGACUCAGGAAGUACCUAGUGUAGUAUGAUCAUUUAGGGACAGUGAAGUGGAUGAUAAGAAUUACGUUGAUUGGGCCGAAGUACUCUGUCAGGCAAAGUUAAUGAUUGACAUAGUAGGAAUGGCAGGGAGAUCAAAAGGACCUGGUGCAGCCCUGCGAUGAAGGUUCAGCUGCAGAUGAGAAACCUGGCGAAGAAUCACAUUCUAUCUGUUUGGAGUAUGGGUACGCCUACCGCUGAGAAGAUAACAGUUACCCAG